AUGGAAGAAGAAAUGGAAGAAACAUUCACUAGCAUAAAGACCUGCAUGGAAGAGAAAACAUAUAAAAAGCUACAACAGACCAGUGAACAGCAAGCCUUGGAGAAACAUCAAAUAUUAUCCUUUGGGAGAUAUGUUA